UGACGAUACCGAGGUAUUAUCACAGCGACAUUGAAGCGGACAUCACUCGUCGACGAAGACAUUCGCGGCGCCGUACGCGACCAACACGCUGCGACAUCUCCAUAACCACAGUACGCUAAUUUCUACCCUUAUCGUGGAAAGCUCACACCUAAAUAGUAGACAGAUAAUUGAAGAAAAUUUCAAAACAGAAUAUCCCCGGUAUGGGGUGGAAAACUUUAUUUUUGUGUGUUGUGCUGUGCACUGGCAUAUACUCGUCUCCAUUUCAAGACGACAGCUCCUUCGACAGGAGGGCGGUUGAAACCAGACCUCCACAUGAGCCCAUUGCAACUCCUGUAAGAGCAUCAGUUGAAAGCGUUCCUCUAAGGAAUUUACGCGACGAAAGCGAGGGUCGACUCCCUCUUCGAGAUGCGGUUGAGAAGAGACCAAUACCAGCGCUGGAUCAAGAAUCUUUGUAUAGAUUUGUUCAGGAUGCAAAUAAAUCUGCAAAGGAUGUGGAACAGUUCAGAAAGUACUACGGGGCUGCUCAUUAUUUAAACAAUGUGUCGAGACAUACAGACGAGAGACUACAGCAAGGAAAUGCGAACUUACAAGAGAUGCAGCAAAUCAAUGGUGCAAAUUCAAGACGGUUGGUGGUGUGCUACCUGGAGUCCUGGGCGGCGUACCGCGCCCCACCCCUGGCCUUCACCUCCAGCCUGGUGCCCAAGUCCUGCACCCACCUGCACUACGCCUUCGCUGUGCUUCAUCCUCACACGUACCAUGUCAUAUCAGCUAAUGAAGAUUACGAUUUUAUUAAAGGUGGUUACAGGAUAGCAACCGGCUUGAAGCGCCGCAUCCCCGGACUCCGAGUUCUGCUCAGCGUGGGUGGUGACGGAACUGAACGUCUGUUCAGUGAGAUGGUCCAGGAACCGUACAGGAGGAACUCCUUUACGGACAGCGCCGUGAACUUCUUACGAGAACAUGACUUUGACGGCCUCGACCUGCACUGGGUGUAUGCAGGCGAAAAAGAUGAAAAAGAGAAAGAACUUCUAACGACGUUACUCUACGAGCUCCGGGAAAAGUUUUCAUCAUACGGUUUUCUGCUGUCCACCGUGUUACCGCCCUUCAGAUAUCAAAUUGAAGACGGCUAUGACCUGAGUGCUGUCAGCGGAGCUACAGACUACACUAUCCUGCAAGCGUGGGACAUGACGCACGCCAAGCGAGACGACCCUCCGACCAGGGCGAUCCAACACAGUGCGCUGCACAGGGACCCGGGAGCCGCGGCCAGGGAUCAGAGAUACGAUAAUGUCGAGUUCUUGGUGAAGUACGUGCUACGUCAUGGGAUGGCUGCUGAGAAGUUGGUGCUAGGAGUCCCACUAUUCGGUCGCAGCUAUACACUGGCUGCGUCCACGUUGCCCGCACCAGGAGCUGCCGUGAGCGGCUGGGGAGACGAGGGGGUCUACACUCAAACCAAGGGCAUGCUAGCGUACUUUGAGAUCUGUAUGGGUGAGCGGGAAGGUAAAGGAGUAAGUGGUGUUGAUGAAGCUGGGAAUGCCUUCGCAGUCUUUGACAACCAGUGGAUCAGUUACGACAGCCCCAAUACCAUUGCUGAAAAGGUUAAGUUUAUCACGAGUAUGGGACUAGCGGGUGCGGCGGCUUGGGCUAUCGACAUGGAUGACUUCCGUGGCUUGUGUGGAUCACCCUUUCCUUUACUCAGCGCCAUUUCUGUUAGCCUUAACGGUGAAGCGACUCAGAUCGAUCAAUCAUCACUGAAGAUUGGUUCCUGUGAGUCGAACACCCCGUACUUGGCGUCAGACCAGGAGUCGUGCGCUCACUUCCACUUCUGCACCGGUGGCAUCAGCUUCAGAAUGGUCUGCGAAGAAGACAGGCUUUAUGACCCCUCAACAGGUUACUGCGGGCACCAAGAUGUCACCAAAUGUAUACCGGGACAAAGUUUAAGAAUAAGUGUUGAAGAUGCUGCACGGUUCUUAUCAACAAAUUACGACCAUGAUGUUGAGUGGCAAAGAGAACCCGAAAAGGGACUUCCCGUGGAAAGCAUACAUUCUGCGCUCGCCGAAAGUAAAAAAGGUGGAGAUAACGGUAAAAAAGUAGUGUGCUACAUGACCAGCUGGGCCUUCUACAGACGAGGUGAUGGGAAGUUUGUUCCAGAACAAAUCGACACCAGAUUGUGUACUCACGUUAUUUAUGCCUACGCGUCUCUCACCCCAGAUGAUCUCAUUGCCAAAGAGUUCGACCCUUGGGCCGAUAUUACAAACAAUCUAUAUGAACGAGUGACAUCCCUGAGUGACGUCAAAGUAUUAUUGGGUUUGGGUGGAUGGACUGACUCGGCAGGAGACAAAUACUCCAGGCUGGUGUCGGGGCCAGUAGCGAGGGCUAAGUUCAUCGAAAAACUGAUACCGUUCCUGCGCAACCAUAACUUCAAAGGUCUACAUUUAGACUGGAACUACCCAGUUUGUUGGCAGAGUAAUUGCAAAAAAGGCGCGAUGUCUGACAAAACUAAUUUCGCCAAAUUUGUGAAGGAAUUAUCAAAAUCUUUACACGGAGCUGGUAUGGAACUGGGAGUAGCUUUAUCUGGUUAUAAAGAGGUUAUAGAAACGGCCUAUGACUUACCAACUAUUUCGGGGGCUGCAGACUUUAUGAGCACCAUGACUUAUGACUACCAUGGUGGUUGGGAGCGCACCACGGCGCAUCAUACACCACUGCUGUCGCCCAAAAAUGAAGCUCUCUCAUAUUAUUCUAUCGAAUAUGCCAUUAAGGCGCUGGUUGGCGGAGGAGCGGACCCAAAGAAACUUCUUCUUGGUUUAGCAUUUUAUGGUCAAUCUUAUCGCCUCGCUGAUGUGGAAGGUUCUCGAAGUUCUGGUUCACCGGCAGCUGGUCCCGGCGAAUCAGGAGAAUUCACGAAACAACCAGGAAUGUUAGCGUAUUACGAAGUCUGUUACAGAGUGAAAAACCUGAGAUGGAAAACAGGCCGCCAAGAAAAGGCUGGGCCAUACGCGUAUUCGGACAACCAAUGGGUGGGCUAUGACGACCCUAAGUCCAUCACGGAGAAGGUGGAAUGGGCGCUUAGACAAGGGCUCGGCGGAGUCACAACGUGGGCGAUGGACCUGGAUGACUUCAACAACCGCUGUUGCAACGAGCCUUCUCCGUUACUGAGGGCAGCCAACCGGGCUCUCGGAAGAGCUGUCCCCGCGCCACCAACCACGCCCUGCGAGCGACCACCAGAGCCAGUUACACCUGCUCCUCCCACCACUACUCCAGCUGAAUCUGAUGGUUCCGCUGGUGCUGGUGGGGAUCAUGGCAGUCACGAUCAUGGAAGUCACACAUCCACAACGUGGCCCAGUUGGAACCCAUCCCAAACCACUUCGCAGACCUGGUGGCCCCCAGCAACUACCCAGAUGGUCACCACCAGUCAGCGACCCACCACUACACAGAAACCUACCACAACCACCCAACGAACCACCACAACUACCAAAGGAUAUCCGACAAUAGAUACAGGCAUUGAAGGUAGCCCAUGCGAUGCUGGCGAAUUCAAAGCAGCUCCCGGGGAUUGUGAAGCAUACCUCCAAUGCGAGAGUGGUGCUUGGCGCAAACACCGCUGCGCCCCCGGCCUUCACUGGUCGACCAGGGCCAAGAGAUGCGACUGGCCCAGCUUCGCGCAGUGCACAGCCACGUCGGUUACUGAGUCAAGUCCAGCUACAACAACAUUAGCGCCAAUCACAUCUAGACCGCCACCAACAAGACCAACAACAACAACGACGACAUUGAGACCAACAACAACAACAUGGUCGACAACAACAACGAGACGAACUACUACCACGAGAACAACAACAGCUAGUUCUGGUGGUAUAUCUGAAAACCAAGCAUGCAAUGGACAGGACUAUCAACCAGCGGUUGGCGAUUGUAACUCGUACUUACAUUGCGAUGGUACCGUAUGGAGACUUCAAAGUUGCGCCCCGGGCCUUCAUUGGAGCGCUACCCAGAAACAUUGUGAUUGGCCGAAAUAUGCCAAUUGUGCUCCUUCAGAUACAACACAAGCUGCUACGACAAUGACUCCUACAACGAGAUAUACCUGGGCUACUCGACCUCCAUCUUCUACUAUAACAGCAAACAAGCAACCACAGGCAGGAGACGCCUGCGGACCAACAGACGUACAUGCCGCCUCCUCCUCCUGUGAAUCGUACCUGCUCUGCGUGAGUGGCAAGUGGUCUAAACAACAAUGCCCACAGGGCCUGCACUGGGACAGAAGGAGCAAUCGCUGUGAUUGGAAGGAAUUCGCUAUGUGUGAAGCUGCUCAAAGGAUAACAACAAAAUCGCCGUUCCAACAAAUAAUUUCGUCCACUACACAAAGACGGACAACAACAGCUAGAUAUACAACACCCUCGAGAUACACAACCACAAGAUACACAACAACAAGCAGGCCAACAACAACACGCAGGCCAUCAUCAACAACAACAAGGAGGACUGUUGUGCCAACUCAACAGUAUCCCAAGCCAACUCGUUGUCGAACUGGUACUUACCACCCUCACCCACGUUGCGAGAAGUUCUACGUAUGUGUGAACGGCGUGCUGGUGACACAGAGCUGCGCGCCCGGUCUGGUGUGGCGCCACGAGACCUCACAGUGUGACUUCCCAGACAGAAACUCGUGCUCCGAUAGACGCCAAGUUGGCUCCGUAUCUGAGCCCAAUAAGCCGAACGCUGAAAUACAAGUGGAACCAGAGCCAGUAGUAUGUGAGAAUGGCCAAUACGCGAAAGAUCCCAACGAUUGCAGCCGAUACCUGCACUGUCUUUUCGGCAAAUACGAAGAGUUCUCUUGCGCCGCUGGCUUACACUGGAACCAGGAGAGGCAAAUUUGCGAUUGGCCUCUUAACGUGAAAUGCGACGUGAAAAAAGUAUCAACCACUACAACUGUAUCCAUCAUAGAAAAUACUAAUGAACAGGAAUCAGUUCAGAACAACCCUGUUGUAUCAUCGCCAUCCGUAGACUUAGUAGAUGAAGCUUUAAGGCCCCAACUAAUUAAUAGUCGUUACAAACUGGUGUGCUACUACACAAACUGGUCAUGGUAUCGUCCGGGUUUGGGUACAUUUACCCCAGAGGACAUUGACCCCUCGUUAUGUACUCACAUUGUCUAUGGGUUUGCUGUUCUUGGCGAUGAUGGACUUAUGGUGGCACAUGACCCUUGGGCUGACUAUGAAAAUCGUUUCUAUGAGCGUGUGGUGGAUUUCAAAAAGUAUGGCACCAAAGUAUCUAUAGCACUCGGAGGGUGGAAAGAUUCGGCGGGUGAUAAAUAUUCAAAGUUGGUGAACGAUCCCGUCGCUCGCGCCAGAUUCGUGAAGCAUGCUCUUGAGUUUGUGAUGAAGAAUGGAUUCGAUGGGCUUGACUUGGACUGGGAAUACCCCAGGUGUUGGCAGGUGGACUGUUCAAAAGGUCCUGACUCCGACAAGGAGGCGUUUGGCGAGUUAAUUCGAGAACUCUCAGCUGUUUUUAAGCCAAGGGGUCUCCUGCUAUCAUCAGCAGUGUCUCCGAGCAAAGUUGUCAUAGACGCUGGGUAUGACGUGCCAGUACUGGCCAAGUAUUUGGACUGGGUCGCUGUGAUGACGUAUGACUAUCAUGGACAAUGGGAUGGAAAGACUGGACACGUUGCACCUUUAUACUAUCACCCAGAUGAUGAUAAUACAUACUUCAAUGCGAACUACACCAUGCAUUAUUGGAUAUCAAAAGGAACGCCGCCCUCUAAGUUAGUGAUGGGAAUGCCUCUAUAUGGACAAACAUUCACAACGUCACGGGGGGAUAACCGUAGGGUUCAGGGCCUCAACGCCCCCGCAUUGGCUGGAGGAGAAGCUGGCGAGUACACUCAAGCCAGUGGAUUUUUGGCUUAUCACGAGAUAUGUGAUCGCAUCAAAAAUCGUAAUUGGGAGGUUGUCAAAGAUUCUCAACAACGAAUGGGCCCGUACGCUUUCAAGGGUGACCAGUGGGUCUCGUAUGAUGACGUCGACAUAAUAAAAAAUAAAGUUAAUUUCAUUAAAUCACUCGGUCUAGGAGGAGGAAUGGUAUGGGCACUGGAUCUUGAUGACUUCAUGAAUAGGUGUGCCCAAGGAAAAUAUCCUCUGAUGAAUGCAAUCAAAGAUACGUUGCUAAAUCCCAACGUAGAGCCAGACACAGUCUUGGCUGAAGCUCUUCCAGAACCUCAGAACGAUAUUGAUUAUGACCUAGAAGACAUUGAAGUCAGACCCAGUUAUUCUAAGCCAACGAUGAAGCCAAGUACUAUGGUUACUGCAAGACCAACCGACAGACCUACAACAACACAAAAACCUACCACAGCUUUAGUGAACAUGGAUGAGGUAGAACAGUACAAAGUUGUUUGUUACUACACGAAUUGGGCAUGGUAUAGGCCGGGAUCAGGCAAGUUCACUCCAAGUGAAAUUGACCCAACAUUGUGUACGCACAUUAUCUACGCCUUCGCUGUUUUGGACUCUACGCAGCUGGUCUUAAAGCCACACGAUAACUGGCUCGAUGUUGAAAAUAAGUUCUAUGAGAAAGUAAUUGCUCUAAAGAGCAGUGGAGUCAAAGUCCUCCUUGGCUUGGGUGGCUGGAACGAUUCCGCCGGCGACAAGUAUUCCCGCCUCGUCAACAAUGUCAACAACCGUAGAAAAUUCGUCGUCCACGCUCUCGACUUCUUGAACCAAUACGAGUUUGACGGUCUAGAUCUUGACUGGGAAUAUCCAAAGUGCUGGCAGGUUGAAUGUGAAAAGGGCCCAGCUUCAGAUAAGCAAGGUUUUACAGAGCUGGUUAAGGAACUUCGCGGUGCAUUUUCUCGAAAAGGUCUUCUGUUAUCUGCUGCAGUGUCUGCUAGUAAACGGGUUAUAGAUUAUGCAUAUGACGUCCCCAGUCUAUCGCAAAACUUGGAUUGGAUUUCUCUGAUGACCUACGACUACCACGGACAGUGGGACCAAAAAACGGGCCACGUAGCGCCCAUGUACGCUGGCGACGAUGAUCAAGACAAGACCUUCAAUGUGAACUUCACUGUGAACUACUGGAUGAGUAAAGGUGCACCAAGAAGCAAGUUAAUACUCGGCAUCCCAUUCUACGGUCAAUCGUUCUCGCUGAUGGAGAAUGGCGGGAAUAGUCUCGGAGCGCCUACGUACGCGGGGGGCGAAGGCGGAGAUGAAACGAGGGCUCGAGGGUUCUUAGCUUUCUAUGAGAUUUGCGAGCGCAUCAGAGUCCACGGUUGGAAGUUACAUCGUGACGCUGGCGGCAGGAUGGGUCCCUACGCGACCCUCAACGACCAAUGGGUGUCCUUCGAUGACGAUUUCAUGAUCCGACACAAAGCGGAGUUCAUUCGCUCCAUGGAACUUGGAGGGAGCAUGGUGUGGUCCCUAGAUCUGGAUGACUUCAGUGGGAAAUACUGCGGGUGCGGAAAGUCGCCACUACUGUCUACAAUAAAUUACGUUCUCAGAGAGCGUGAAGCUCCACCCCAAUGCGAUCUUAACGAGAUUGAAAGUCCUCCGAACACUGAAGAUACUGCGGAUAUACCUGUAAAUGUUGGAACUACUGCGAUCGAAUCUACCACUGUGGUCUUGGCUGAUCCUGUAGUCGAAAUGGAAGUAGAAGAGAAUGGUUCUAUGGAAGAUCGGCCGUGUUCCGGAGUGUCGUUCUUGGCCCACAGCACCGACUGCAGCAAAUACUACCUGUGUAUCAACGGUCGCUACUCCCAACUCGUUUGUCCCCAGCCUCUCUAUUGGAACCAGAAUCACUGUGAUUGGCCUGAAAGGUCUCCAUGCAAGAGCAAAGCCAAUCUACGGUUGACAUCAGAAAAGGACAACUUUAUUAUCACCGAGAAACCAAUAGUUGCCUGUUACUUCACCAACUGGGCUUAUUACAGGAGAGACGUCGGUAGUUUUGGACCAGAGCAAGUUGAUAGUUCACUGUGUUCUCACCUGGUCUACUCCUGGGCUUAUGUCAACAACACAUUCUCACUGGUACCAGGAAAUCAGGAGCUGGAUGUCGUCAACGACUUUUAUGGCAAGUUGACGAAUUACAAACGCAAAGGCCUAAAAGUUAUACUCGGUGUCGGCGGUAUCGAACACUCAGAAAGCGACGCAUGGCACAAGAUGGUGGCGAGCGAAGACAACAGGAAAAUAUUUGUGAAAUCUGUGGUGAAGUUCCUGCGCACUUGGAACUUCGACGGAUUGCAAGUGGCUUGGCAGUAUCCUGCCUGUAAAGAUAUUCCAUCGUGUCAGGACUUCGACCUAACAGAACGCAACAACUUCAGUCAACUCUUAAUCCAGCUCGCGAAAUCUCUGCGUAGAUACAAUCUAGAACUUUCCGCCAUGGUGUCCCCUGUACCAGAAAUUGCAGAAGUCGCAUACAGCCCUGAAGUACUCACUGGAACCAUGGACUGGAUCGCGAUCGCUGCCAACGAUUUCUACACGACUUCGAAGAAGAGGACAUCUUACUUACUGCCAUUGGAUGAUGCUGGAGAUAACACGGAUAAUUUCCAAUCAAUAAUAUCCUACUGGUCUAGUAAAAUACCAAACAGACAGUUGGUAUUGUCGGUACCUGCGUACGGCAGGUCGUACACUCUUCGUAGAGAGACUGGAGCCGCCACUGAAGCCGGUAUACUUGGUGCUGGGGUGCCUGGACCCUACACUGAUGUACCCGGAUUCUUGGCUUAUUAUGAGAUCUGCAACGCGACAAAAUCGAACUGGAGAGAAGUGUCAAGUCCAUCGGGGACAUUCGCCACGCAAGGUACUCAAUGGGUCACGUAUCUCAAGCCGGAAGAGGUUCACAGGAUAUCAGCCACUGUAUCGCUGAGGGGAAUGAGAGGUGCCGCGCUCUGGGCACUCGACUUGGAUGACUAUAGGGGCACCUGUUCCUGUAACUGGCCACUACUGACUGCGCUCAGACAAGGACUCUUCGAACCAUCUCUUCCAUACGCUGCUUGUGCGUAGCUAUCCUUAGAACCACGCAAACGCUACUUUUUUGAUCCUUGAUAAACUGGCGCAUGUGACCCUUCAUAUUGUGUAAGACUUGAUACAUUCCUGUCAGCUGAACGAUUCAAAUUUGCCUUAAAAUUGUAUUUGUAGGUCCACAGUUGCGUAACUCAUGUAAAUAUAAUAAUUAGUCUAAAUACCUCUUAAGCUAAAGAUUAUGUAGCUAUACACAAAAUUAUGUAUGUACUCAUAUUUAUAUAAUAUGUAAUAAACAACUUUUUAGGAUGUAAAAUACGUUUGUCAGACUAAAAAUCAUCACGUUAUUUUUAACGUAAUAAACGAAAAGGAUAUAAACGAGUUUGAUGAACCAGCGUUCUAUUUCGUCGGAUCUAUUUAUGGCUUGCGUCAUGGCCGUAAUUGUUAAUGUUAAGUAUGAAUGUGAUAAUUACAGUAAAUAUACAUUAUUUUUGAUUAACAAUUUAUAAAUGAUACUCAGCUUUUUACAUUAGGUACUGAUCUGAAAGUUACCAUAACACUGUUACAAAACCGUCAGACUUAAUAACGAAAAGGGUCUUAGUUGACGAGCUAUCCGAUAUCUCUUGUACGAUACGAGUGUAAUUCUGUCACCGAAUUGCCCUGUAGUCGGCGAGUAGGAAUUCCUACCAGGUUGUUUCAAACUAGCCUUUUCUGUGUUUGAAAUAAACUGGAGGAUAAUAAUAGCAGCGGCGCAUUACGGUCUACUGUUUACCACAGAUGAAGAAAAUUUUGAAAUAUUGUAAACUUACGUGACUUGAGAAUUAAAAUUCUAUGAAUCGAUUA